AUUGCCACCGAUUCUCUUCAAAACGGUGGAGACAGCAUGCGAAAGGUCUGCAAAACACAUACUACCAUCGCUACUAGAAGAAAGGGAGAAGGGGAUACUUGUCUACGGCAGUUUGUGCUCCAUAAGGUUCAUCUGUGAGAGGCUGCUGCUCUGGUCUUGUUGUUGUGUUGACACUUUGACAUUCGCAAGCCGCUCUAGAAUAUCGGCAUCUCACCCUUGAAAUCCCGAAAUAUGUCGAGGUUUAUCCGAGCCCAGCUGAACAAUCUCAAGUCGAAGGAAUUCCGAGAAUACCUCUGCAGUACACACUUCUGGGGUCCCGUGGCGAAUUGGGGAUUGCCAUUGGCCGCUCUUGCUGAUAUCAAUAAGGAUCCGGAAAUUAUCAGCGGCAAGAUGACCGUGGCCCUGGCCCUCUACUCGGCGGUCUUCAUGAGGUUCGCAAUCAAGGUCGAGCCCCGGAACAUGCUACUAUUCGCCUGCCAUUUCACCAAUGAAUGCGCACAGCUUACACAAUUAGGCCGUUUUACUAAAUAUCACUACCUUGGGGGCAAGAAUGAGGUCAAGAAAACUUCCCUUACCGCGGAAAAUUCUCCUCAAGCCGCCUCUUGAUCGGAUUCGAUGCUAUCUACAUUGUUUUUAUGAUCGAUUACCGGCUUGUAUUGGCGGUUCAGCUCGAUCGCGGAUGAGCUUAGCUUCAUCGGGCAUGAGGAUAAUUUAGAUUCGCCUUUCAUACGAAUGAAUGGAAUUAUUUCCUGAGAUUUUCGAAUCACUGAACUGCUCCAUACGAGACGGAUGUCGCGAAAAGCGACCGAGUUAGCGGCGGUCCGUAGUCCGAGGUGUCCUUUGGGUUGAGUAGAUGGAAUAAAACUGCCUGAACGAUAGGAUGAUUAUUACCAUUGAAUUCUUGUCUGUCAGUUUUGUUCUGGGCGUGUAAUCUCCGACCAUCCACUG